CCCGCGCGCCCGGUCGGGUUCUUUGUCUUCUGUUGCCUCCCUGCUCUCCUCCUCGGAAUCCCAGGAGCAGACGACCGCGAGCAACACCAAGAAGGCAAACACCAACAGCGCCGCCGCUGUUGUCGUCCACACCGCCGAAAAGAAGACCGCGACCGCCCCCGUCCAGCUUCCGGAGCUGAAUGGGAUCACCAACGGCGUCACGGUGGGAAAGAAGAAAAACACGCCUUGGGGCUUGUCGGAUACCCUGCCCAUGUUUGUGCGCGAGCACGAGCAUCGGAUGGCCACCGAUGAGAACUAUGCGAGAAAGGCGGUCGAGUUGCCUUACACUCUUGCAGGAGAAAAGGCGGAACAAGUUCGAAAGUUCUACGAAACGCGUCAACCACAGCAAAACAAGAACAGUGUGAACCAGGGAUACUGCGAGCGUGCUCCGCUCGGUGUGCGUUCUCCGCACCUAAAAACAGUCAAUUUUUACUUGGCC